GUGAUACAUCCUCCCAUCAGCUGUUUUUGUUUUGCUGUGUGAAUAAUGUAAGUUAAUAACAUUAUAACAACAGUCUAGACUGACUCAAGUGAAAGAAGUCACUUGGGAGGCGUUUAUUUUUUGUCCUCUUUAGAUCCGGGGUAGUUUACUCGGUGUGUGAUGUGUACCGUUUGAGACAACCGGCCCGCACAUUCCUCCCCCCGAAGAGUGUGAUCGUGGCGUUUGGAGUCGGGGGGCUGAGGAGGGGAAGCGGGUUCCGGCGGGGAUCGACCCGAGCCCAAGGCCUCCGACCUCGGCCAGUGAGAGGAGAAGGGAUCCGGCGGCUGCCAUGGAACCCCAGGAGUCCCAGGACGCACAGGACGGCCUGGAGGAGCAGAGAGCCUUCAUCUGUGCCUCCUUUAACCAGGACACCACUUCUCUGUCAGUGGGCACAAAGACCGGCUACCGGCUGUUCUCCGUCACCGCUGUGGACAAACUGGACUGCAUCCAUGAAGGAGGUCUCCCUCUCGUCCCUCUCCCAGUAGAGUGUCCAGACGUGUACAUCGUAGAGCGGCUGUUCUCCAGCAGCCUGGUGGUGGUGGUCAGUCUGUCCAUGCCCCGCCGGAUGAACGUCUACCACUUCAAGAAGGGCACGGAGAUCUGUAACUACAGCUACUCCAACAACAUCCUCUCUGUCAGGCUCAACAGACAGAGGCUGGUGGUGUGCCUGGAGGAGUCGGUCUACAUCCACAAUAUCAAAGACAUGAAGCUACUCAAAACCCUGCUGAACACACCCACUAACCCCACAGGUCUCUGCGCUCUCUCUGUUAACCACAGUAACUCCUACCUGGCGUACCCCGGCAGCGCCACCAUCGGAGAGAUCACGGUGUACGAUGCCAACAACCUGAGCACUUUGACGCUGAUCCAAGCCCACGACAGUCCCCUGGCGGCCCUCACCUUUAAUUCCUCCGGCACCAAACUGGCCAGCGCUUCAGAAAAGGGCACCGUUAUCAGAGUCUUCAGCGUUCCUGAGGGACAGAGACUGUUUGAAUUUCGCCGAGGGAUGAAAAGAUACGUUAGCAUCAGCUCAUUGUCCUUCAGUGCGGACGCCCAGUUUCUGUGCGCCUCCAGCAACACUGAGACUGUCCAUAUAUUCAAACUGGAGCAGCACAGCCCCAGUCAAGAUGAGGAGUCUCCCACAUGGUCAGCCUACAUGGGUAAAAUGUUCACGGCAGCCAGCACCUAUCUACCCUCCCAGGUGUCCGACAUGAUGCAUCAGGACAGAGCCUUCGCCACAGUGCGACUCAACAUGUUUGGCCUGAAGAACAUCUGCGCUCUGGCUACGAUUCAGAAGCUCCCCCGCCUGCUGGUUGCAUCCUCAGACGGGUGUCUCUACAUCUAUAAUGUGGAUCCACAGGAUGGAGGAGAGUGUGUUCUGGUCCAACAACACAGACUGUUUGAGUCCAGUGAGGAGCAGGUGGAGAAGGAGGAAGAGGAGGAUCCAGAGGACGGUUCUCCACCACCAACCAGCCAAUCAUACGCUGCCACUGUGGCUCUCCCUUCAACCCCGCCCUCCUCCACCACUCUCAUGGGUUACUCUGAGGACGGUGGAGCCCAGACAGGGGACGUCAUCCCGGAGCACGAGUUCGCCGCGAGCCCCGUCUGCCUGGACGACGAGAACGAGUUCCCGCCAGUCGGCAAUUGACCAAACCCUUCCUCUCAUGAAACAUCCAAACCCUGCAUAACAAUUCAGUUUUAAGCAAGGGAAAAAUACUCCUGUGUUGAGACAUCGUCCCCACCCACCCUUCCCGUUCACAUGUACCCCUGCUGGCCUAGGGUCAACUCUUGUCAGACUCCCUGGUGUUUCUGUUCCCCUUUCAUGUUCUGUAAGGAGUAUAGAUAAAAACAGCACACACAAAGUGUAGAAGCUCCACGUAUCAUUAAAACACAUUUACAACAUGUAUGACGAGUUCAAAGACUCUCUAAGAGCUCCGCUUUUAACUCCCAUAAUUACACCAUUAACAUCUUUUUGGUGAAAUAUUCCAAAACCUAAAACACAGUGAGGUUAUUGUCAAUAAACAUUAUCAUGGUAGCAAUCAGAUCAACAUGGUGUUGGUCUGGCAGAGUAUUAAUCAGCAGACUGAAGAUAGUAGUGGAAAAAUAUGCUACAAGGGUCCAGAAUCCCCCCCGAAAUAUAAAAAAGGUCAUAAUUUCAGCAGUUUCUAAACAAGCCAAUCGCAAUCUGACAAUAAUAUGAAUAUAAUAUUAACUUUGAUAUCAAAUAAGCAUUUGAAAAUCUAUAAUAAGGGUAUUUUUUAUCAGGAAUCUGGGAGCCUAUCAAGGGGCAUUCAAGGUGUCACCCCUCCGUAAAGAGGAGCUUACUCAAGAAGGAAGGGAUUUUGAAAUGGAGAUACACUAUUUAAAUCAUGCGCAACGUAUUAUAUGACUUGCAGAUGCAGCUGUCCUAUUAAUUAUGGAAGUGAUAGAUGAGAAUAAACACCUGGUAAUACAUUUGGAGGAGCAGCUUGAUGGUGACGUUACAGGUCCUUGAAUUUCAGUGAUAUCCUGAAGACCUUUUUUUAUUUACUACAUUAUUUUAAGUCAUUUUUACUUUGAUGUAUUAAAUAUUAUUUUGCAAAAUGUAUUACAUGUGCAUCCACGCAUAGACGUACCGUGCGUGAAUAUCUAUUGAGGAUUUUUACUGUGUAUAAUGUAUAUAUAACAUUUAUAUAUAGUUCUGUUGUAAUAAGUAACACCGUUUGAUUUGCCAAAAGGUGGCGCUGUUAGGACACCCGUACGCUGCAUACUGGACGUGUGAAGAGAAAGAGACUCAUUAAAGCUGAGAAAAGAUUCAA